AUAGUCAAUUGAUCCGAGCUCAAAUUCUUUUUUUCUUUUUUUAAAGGUCGAAUUUGUAACAUAUAUUUUAUGCCUUAAAAUUAAAGAAAAAGAAAAUUAUAUAUUAGUUUGUAUAUUCUCAAAAUUUGCAAAUUUGCCCACAAAUUAUUUUCCACAACACCAGCAAGUACUACCGGCAAUGGAAAACGGCGACGAUUGGUUGGCCGCCGACAAACUACAGCACAUCCUCUUCUGCUUCUUCAUAUCCAUCAUUUCCUCCCUCCUCGCUUCCCGCACCCGCUACCAAUUCAUCCGCCGCCGCAGCAUUUGGAUCGGAUCUAUUGUCUCUUUCGCCGCCGGCGCCGCCAAAGAGUUCGCCGACGAGUUAGGCUUUUUCAAGUCCGCCGGCGCAUCCGCCAAGGACGCCGUCGCCGAUCUCAUCGGCAUUCUUCUCGCCGCCGCGAUGCUCUACUUUUCGAAUUUCACGUCGAUCCGACCCGACGGUCCGGGUCAGACCCGGAUUAUCGACAUGGUUUGAAUUGCUGCAAACGAAAUCGCUGCGCAAUUGCGUGUUCCUUGAUUUGUGUAAUCAUCCAUCAGAAAGGAGGGAUGUGCAAAACAUUAUCAAGAAGGUUUUGGAUGAACAACUCGAUUCUUGGAGCGAAUUUUGUGUGUGAGGUGAUUGAUCGGAUGAAUGAACUGUUGCAUAAGAAGAA